GCGCUAACUAUUCCAGGCCAUAUGUGUUAUUUUAAACCAUGUCAGGAUCCGGCGGACUUAGUAAAAGGAAGAGGCGAAAAGAAUAAGUUUUAUAACCGAAAGUAGCAUUGGAGAAUUCUGUAUUUGGGGAAAAUUACAGUCACAUAUGGAUAAACCUCCAAAGCUGUGGGCAUAGACAAGAUAGAAAGCUCCCAAAUCUUGGGGAGAUCCUUGAAAAUGAUGGCAAUAAUGUUUGUUCCUUAAUUAGUGAUUGGUCUAUGCAUACGUUGCCCUAUGCCUGAUGGAAUUAGUAAAGCCUGUUUUAUUUGUUUUGAUACAAUCGAUAAUCGGGGAGAAAGGAGUCGAACUUGGGACAUCAGGUGCAAGACUCAAUACCUUUUAGUUUACCAUUUAAGUUACAAAUCUCUUGCAGUAAGACUACUUUAUUAAUUUUUACUCACUUUUGUAGACUCAUUUUAAAUUCUUGGUAACAUUGUAAUCGUCGUCAGUACAAGAAGGAAGCCUCAACCUACACAUCACAUAUAUCACACAUUGUAUAUAUAUCCCCGCAAGGAGACUCAAUUGGUCAAGCUUCUAAUACAUUAGAAAGCUACACGAUGGCAUCUGAUCUCUAUGUGCAACCUGAGUUUUGUGGUGAGAUUACAUCUAACGAGGUGAUUGGCUUUGAUCUCAAUCUGUCAUCCAUGUCAUGCCUUCCCCACCCUUCUCUUUCGGCUUUGGAGGACGAUUCGGCAAACUGGGUGAGUCCAUUCGUCGACAAAACAAGAAAUCAUAAGAGGCUAAAACAGGAACAUGAUGCCAAUUAUGGAUUCAAAGUGGGUACUAAUUACUCUAGUUUUUACACUGGCAGUGACAGCAAUAUGUGUACUAGUGGCUUCACUAGCUUGCCAACAAUCCAAUUCCGUGAUCACAUAUCCGCACACAAGCGGAGAUAUUUGGCUGCAGAGGCCAUGGAAGAAGCCUUUGCAACCUUAAUGAGAGACAAAGAAGAUGAAUCCGAGGAAGGAGGAGGAAGUGAAGAUGAAAUAAAACUAGUCCAACAACUUAUCGCUUGUGCCGAGGCUGUGGCUUGUCGUGACAAAGCUCAUGCCUCAGCAUUGCUUUUUGAGCUGAGAGCUAAUGCGCAGGCCUUCGGGACAUCAUUCCAGCGAGUAUCUUCCUGCUUUGUCCAAGGCCUUGCCAACCGCCUUGCGCUAGUUCAACCACUAGGGGCUGGAGGAGUAAUAGACCCGAACGUGAAAUCAAAGCCUUUUUCAGCAGAGAAAGGACCUUUUUCAGCAGAGAAGGACGAGGCUUUACACCUUGUUUAUGAAAUCUGCCCACAGAUCCAAUUUGGUCAUUUCGUAGCGAAUGCAUCAAUAUUGGAAGCCUUUGAGGGAGGAAGCUCAGUCCAUGUCAUAGACUUAGGCAUGACCCUAGGCCUCCAGCACGGGUACCAAUGGCGCGACUUAAUAGACCGUCUAGCAAACCGUCCAGGACAACCCUUGCACUGCCUUCGCAUUACAGGAGUUGGUAGCUCUUCCGAACGCCUUCAAGCAAUCGGCGACGAUCUCAAGCUGCAUGCUCAAAGCAUGAAAAUAAAUUUGGACUUUUCAGAAGUGGAGAGCAACUUGGAGAACCUUAAGCCUCAAGAUUUCCAUUUGGUUGAUGGGGAGAUUUUGAUCAUCAAUAGCAUUCUUCAACUUCAUUGCUUGGUGAAAGAGAGCAGAGGGACAUUGAACUCAGCUUUACAAACACUACACGAGCUGUCACCAAAGCUUAUGGUUUUGGUUGAGCAGGACACAAGCCACAACGGGCCUUUCUUUCUAGGGAGGUUCAUGGAGGCACUGCAUAACUACUCCGCCAUCUUUGACUCCUUAGACGCAAUGCUGCCCAAGUACGACACGAGGAGGGUAAAAAUGGAGCAGUUUUAUUUUGGGGAGGAGAUUAAGAACAUCGUAAGCUGCGAGGGACCAGCCAGGGUGGAGAGACACGAAAGGGUUGAUCAAUGGCGCCGUAGGAUGAGGCGUGCGGGGUUCCAACCGGCGCCUUUGAGGACGAUGGCACAGGCCGUGAAAUGGCUAGAAACUAAUGCUUGUGAGGGUUACACGGUUGUUGAAGACAAGGGUUGCUUGGUUCUUGGAUGGAAAUCAAAACCUAUCAUUGCAACUUCUUGCUGGAAAUGAUGUUAUCUGCUCCAACAAACUGUGCUGCAGCUGCCGAAGCUAUGGCUAUGCUGCGUGGUUGUAAGCUGGGUGCAACUUUGGGUUUUUCUGAGGUUAUUCUGGAAUCUGACUCUUCCAAGGCGAUUUCUUGCCUUUCAAAUUCUUCUGAGAAUGGCAGUUGGGAGGCUGUUCCUACUUUAGCAAGAGUGAAGUUCUUGGGGGAAGCCUUCCAGAACUGUUUCUGGUCUUGGGUCCCAAGAUCAGCCAAUAUGGCGGCUGAUGCUCUUUCGUCGCGUGACUGUGCGGAGAUGUGUGAUGUUGUUUGGGUCGAUAGGCCUCCAUCUUCGCUUGUUUUUGUGUUAAACAAUGAUGUUCUUCCUUGUCCACGUUAGCUGUAGGUGGUAGUGUGGGGGGUGACGCCUCAGCUUAGCUGAAGCGUCUCUGUCUGUAACUCCUUGCACUGCCCUCCUACUUUAUCUUGCUGUUUGUUUGCCUCCUCGUAGGCUCUCUUGUUUCUUCUUUGGCCUCUAUGUCCUGGAAUGCACUUUCCUUGCUCCCAAAAAAAAAAA